GCGACUUCUUUUUUUUAUUAUUAUUUUCCUACCCUCCCUCUUUUCAGUCAGUGAUCCAGUCCAGUGAUCCAGUACCCCUCGUCAGUUGAUCCCUGACUACCGUCAGCACCAGUCGUGACUGAGACUCGCAGUUCACACUUUCUAACACACUGAAUCGUUCACGCUGCAGCACCGGCAAGUCUUCUUAAAAUUUGAAGACGCAGGCUAUUCUUGUUCGAUCAUCAUCGUUUCACUUGUUUUUGUUUUGUUGUCUUUUCAAAUCUGUUCGUGUUGAACGCUGAACCUAUCUUAGUUCUACGGAAGCGCUCGUCAGGUUGACGGCUGUCUCAUUCAACUGCCAUUAUUUCGGAUGGACUAUUUGCAAAACGCUGAAAACCCAGAAAAAAGAAAAAUGGGAGCUUGACGAAUUAACCAGCGAUUCGUCUUGGCCUCAGUUUGGCCAAAUGACAUGAGAAAUGAAAUACCUUGUCACAAAAGCAAGGAGAUCGUGAAAGAGAAAUUAACUGGAUCAGCUGAGCUUAUUGUAGUUGUAUCACGUUGGUGUCGUUAUUGAAACAACCCGAAAAAAGAACAGUAAAAACAUAAGCGAGGACUUGUGUGUUUGCUAAAAUACGUUUGGGAAAUUGGUGACGCGAUUCGUGUGAAGUGGCUUCAUCAUCAUGAUCGCCAGGCUGCGUUACGUUGUCUUCGCUUUCUCGUUAGUCGCAAGUGGUUGUUGUAACGUGGCUAAUGUCUCCAAGAAUGGAACGUCCAUCGUUACAUCAUCGAUCACUACGAUAGCUGACGGGACGGUGAUGGCUGCAAAAACAGAGUCUCCGCUAGCACCACCACAGUCCAUGAAUCUAGAGACGGCAUUCGACUCAACAAAAAACUCGGACGAUAAGACCUUUUCGCUAAAAGGACCGCGAUUUGUGCCGGAAGCUUCGAAAAACAUCACUGCCCUUGCUGGCCGCGUCGCUUCGUUGAACUGCCGAAUUAAGAACCUGGACAACUGGACGGUUUCCUGGGUACGCCACCGUGACGUCAGCUUGUUAACGGUGGCUGGCUAUACGUACUCUUCGGAUCAACGAUUCCGGGCGGUGCACAAGCCGUACUUUGGCGAGCAGUCCCCUGCGUCGUCAUCGCAAGCCGGCGCCACAUCCGAUGGCAGUAAACAGCAAGUGCAGCAUCUCAACAGCGAUCUGGAAAGUCUGACAGACACUUACCAAGAUUGGGGUUUGGAAAUUCACUCGAGCCAACCGCGUGACAGUGGCAUCUACGAAUGCCAGAUCAGUACGACACCGCAUCGCAGUCUUUUCGUGCAUCUCAGAGUUGUUGAGCCUAGCACGACGGUCCUGGGCGGCAGCGAAGUCUUCGUUGGCAUGGGCAGUACCAUCAAUUUGACCUGUGUCAUCCGACUCAGCCCCGAGCCGCCAAACUCCAUCCGCUGGCAGCACAAUAACCAAAUGAUCGGCUACGAUUCCAGUCGAGGAGGAGUCAGCGUCGUCACGGAAAAGGGCAUCGAGUCGAGCAGUUCUCUUCUGAUUCAAAACGCUCGGCCAACGGACUCGGGGAAAUAUGUUUGCAGACCCGACAACGCCGAGCCGGCCACCGUGAACGUCCACGUCCUCAACGGCGAAUCUCCUGCAGCCAUGCAGCAUGGAUGCAGCGCCCGGCAACUGAGUUCGACGGUCCUGUUCUUCUUGUCAGUUGCCAUGGCGGUAGCAACCAACGUCAAGACCCAAAGAAAUAUCUGGUCGUUCAUCUACGGUGUCACGUAAGAUGGAUGGUCAUCAGUUUUCAUACCAAAUGCCAGUGACUGCUGUCAACGGUUGCCCAUCUGCAACAGUCGCCUGAUGCGUUUCUCGUUCGGUUUCUACUUUGUCUCUUUUGUGUUCCGCACGGGGCAUCAAGUUUGUAAUGUGGGGUCUCUUCACUCGCACGAAAUAUACUACGAUAACGUGAAUCCGCGUUUCACUGGUGAAAAGAAAAAAAAUUAUAAUCUGACGUGUGAUUAACAUCACCUCCCCAAAAAGUCCUACUUUAUAGAAUCAUGACCUAAACAAAUGUGUGUAUGUACAUAACGUAAUUUGUUGUAUACAAAAUGUUUCCACGUCCAUGUCCUGCGGUUUUGCUGACAGUUAUUUUGGAAGAAGCUGAAAAUCCAGUCGAUGGUAGACCACACUGAUUGCAUCAACAAAACACCAGUCGAUUUCUGUUUCGCAUGUGAAUAUUGCCAUCCCAUUACUUGAUUCGACAGCCCAUGUUUGAAAGUUAUUGAUACGACUAUGUCACCCAUGUGCACCUCAUUUUGUGUAAGAAUAUCUUGUGUCUUUGCUUUUCUAUCGGCUCUCUUUGCAUUCCUCUCUUUCUCUCUGUGCAUUGCGUAACAGAGAACAUUGCUAUUGUUCUUGAUUUCGUUGAAGCAAGCACAUUUCUGUUUCCUCUGUUCUCUUUCCUUCUUUCAUUUUUGAAAACCCUUUUUUUGUUCACCUUCCUUUUUGCUGGCUUAGUAUUAUUAUAUCCGCCAUAUGCUUCUAUCGGUAGAAUAACAAAAAAAAAACGUCGAUCUGAAUCCUCGUUCGAUUUGUGGGUGUCCAUAUAAUACUGUGUAUACGUACGUGGUGUGUCUAUAUACGCCGACAAAAUCCAUUUUCCACUCUUUUCGGCAUUUUGUAGAGAAGCCUAAACACCCACGGUUGAGGAAAAGGCGGUUGAUUCAAACCGGAUAAAAGAGAAAGGGAAACAGAAAACAAGGAAAAGGAGAGAACAAAAAAAAAGUGAAGAAGGUUGAUGUGGAGUAAAUGGAUAAGGAUCCGGAUCCGUAUUUAAAAAAAAAAAAUCUAUAGUAUCCGCCCUGGAGUUGGCAAAAUGACAAAGCCAUGACUGUAGGAGGGAGACAAGCAGUUGUGUCAUCUCCCGGCAAGUUGGAAUCUAGAGCAGAAGCAAAAGAUCUAGAGUAAAGACAUAUAGACAAUAAAAGACGACGGGAAAACAAAAGAGAAUGGAGAAGAUGAACUGAAGAAGGUUCUGAGCCAAAAGCACAA